GGCAUCACUAAAGACGGAGCCCGCAGUUUGCAUCGCAUCCACGCUGCAUUGAUGUUGUUGUGUUUCUGUAUUUUCAGCAUACAUUUGGCCAUGUCACAGCAGGGAGAGAAUGACCUCAUACCAGUACGAUAUGAAGGUAUUUGUAUGUGAGUAUUUCUAUUUCCUGCUACUUUUUUACUUGCACACACAACAACAUUUCAGAGGCAACAAUAUUGUACUUUUUACCCCCCGUCAUUUAUCUGACUCUUUGUAUUAUGUAUUAUUAUUGGUCAACAUUAAAGUUCAUUGAGUCACAAGAUACCUGGCAGCAUAUACAGUAAACAAAAAAGCGUGCCGUUGACCUUUUAUUGUUUCAACUGCAACAAUAAUGCAUUCAUAUUUUUCUUUAAUUUAAUUGUGUGUUAUAUAGGUUUUUGUGGAUGAAAAUGGUCUCCAAAGGCUAAAAUCCCAGAGUCCCCUCAAGAGGGAGUUUCUUCCGUAACAUCACAAUGCCACCCUUGUGUUUCUAGCUAACCAAUCAGAGCAGACUGGGCUCUGGUUUCAGACAGAGGGUGAAAAGAAGUGCUGCAGCACAGGCAGUAUGAGAAAAAUAAAGAGCUUUUUGAACAUCAAAGCAUGGAGACAAGUCACAGUAGUGGCACUAAAUAGAAAUAUGAACCUAAAAAAAAAGCAAAAUAGGGCCCCUUUAAAUAAUAUAAGAUUAUUCUGAAGAAUGAGAAGUUACAUUUUUUGUACUUUCAUAAUAUUUUGAUGCUUCUUCCUUUGUGCAUUUUUUUUCGAGUACACAGUUAAAUGCAGAAUCUUACUUGCAACAAAGUAGUUUUGCACCGUGGUACUAAUACAUUUACUUGAGUAAAAAAUCUUAGUACUUUGUUUACAGUGGCUGUAAAAGAUCAGUUUGCAUGUAAAGUCGCCUCUUCACGUAUAUUUGGUUUAUAUAGGAUUGAGAGAGGUUGUUUAUGUGAAACAAGUUGGUGUAAAGUGAGUAGUGUGUGUUGAGCGGUGUUGUUCUUGGUGUGUGUGAAACACACAGACUGUAUGGUGUAACAUGACAACCUGCUCGAGCGCAGCAGCUGGGACUGUAGAUGGUGAACAGGUGCUGCAGCAGAGAUUUUGAAACUUUGUAUUUCUCUUAUGCUUUCCACAUGUGUCUGCACUGAUGGCCCCUGUGUGUGUCCUGUGUGUGUCCUGUGUGUGUCUUUAAAGUGUGUCUUUGAGUGUGCAUAUGGCCACAAAUGUGAGCAUGUGUGCACAUUAACCAGAAUGAGCGACAAUGAGCUGUUGUGUGGCUGCUGCUGCUCAGAAACCUAAUAGCCAAGGACACAGAAGCUCAGCAGCAGCUGUCCUCUCUGCACCUCCUAUUUCACUCACAGCUCUAACUGAGGGAUUUACAUCUUUACAUUCAGGUGGAGGGUUACACGCUUUAAAGAGGUAGUUAGUAUUACACUAAAGAUGUAUUUAAUUGUUCCUAAAGAGCUGACUGAAUCAGAUCAUGUGUUUAUUUAGCAAAAUAAUAAAUAAUACGUAUUCUUAACUGUAAUGAUAUACUGCCUUUCAUGACAUAAAACACAGCUCAAAGUGCCUUACAGUAGAAAGAAAUCAACAACAGAAGUGAUAAGGAGGAGACUGGGAGUGAAAACAAUAAAAUAAUAAAAUCCUAAGGAGAUACGAUGAAGGAAUAUGAUUGAAAUAAAAGCAAGUCAAUAAUGGUAAACACUUUUUUUAAUUUAAUCAAUGUGUUAGACACAGAAAGCAAAUAUCAAAUAAUAACGAUUGAUGUUAGAAAAAGUUGGAAUUAAUUAAAAGCAAAAUCAUCAAAAUACUUUUUAGGCCAAACUAUUAUAUCGGUCAAAUAAGUCGAGAGAAAUGAAAUAUAUUUAACAGCAAAUUGUAGAAGUAUAAAGUGGAGUUACCACUACCUUUCUUUCCCCUUUAUACAAGUACCUGAGUUUUUGGCCACUUGGAGGCACUAGAAACAAGUUAAACACACAACACUGACAUAUCACCACAUUUUAAGAUGUUAUGAAACAGUUGUGUAUUUACAUCAAACCGUUGGAAAGCUAUACCAUAUUGUAUUUGGAGUUGUGAGUAAAUCAGAGCAGUGUUGAACGGCCAAACAAUGAGAUGAAACUCCUUUUUAAAGCUUAAAAUGAACAUUGCUUGAACAUUUUCAUUUCAUAUAAUGCGAUUACAAAUUGAUUAUUUAUACCCACCAAGUAAAUCAACCUUGUUUCUUUCAACCCCUGCACGUCAUCCGUCGCUGACUAACACUUCUGUAUGUUGCACUUACAAUAGUUUGACUUAUUUGAGGAUAAUAUACCUCCUGGAUUCUUACUGUUCUGAAUUUGCACCCUCAUGGUUAAGGGCUUUUAUUUUCAGUCGCUUUUGAUAAAAACUUAGUUAAAUGAAAUGUGUUUACUUUCCUAUGUUUGCUCCGUUCCUAAGAACCCAAAUCAGUCUUGGACAUGUUGUCACUUGUAGGCGUACAUACUCCUACACACUAAACCUUGUGCUAAUUGUACUGUAUGAGAAACUAAGAUCAAAGAACGACCCGUCUCAGAGCUCAUGUUCCCCCUGCUGUGGGCGGGGGUCUCCCUGGACAUCAGGACAGCAGCAGCUCCUCCGCCCUGUUCACGCUGCCCUCAGUUGUCCAGGCUGCUCCAGAAAGUGUGCACGUGCUGCAGAUGAAACUUGAAGAAGCUGCAAAGACUUUGGAGUAAAACAAUUUUCAUCGAGGCUCAGCGGACGGAUCUGAACUCACCGGGACUAAACAUGAACACCAUGAAGGUGUUGGCUCUGACCCUCCUCAUCACUUUGAUGCACAGUCCUCUCUUUCUGUCAGUGACGGUCAGCAGCAGCAAACCCAAAGUGGAGGUCCACGAACACACAGAUGCUGUGCUGGCCUGUGAGUUCAGGACGGAGAAAGAUCAGAACCCCAGAAUCGAGUGGAAGAAAAAGGGAAUGGGGGUGACGUUUGUGUAUUUUAAUCACAAAUUCACUGGCCAGUAUGCCAGCAGGGCGAAGAUGGAGGGGGCGACGCUGACGUUUCACUCGGUCUCUCAGAAAGACUCGGGGGAGUAUCGCUGCGAGGUGACGGCCAGCGAGGACCACGUGAGCCUGGGAGAAGCUACUGUGACGCUCAAUGUGCUCGUGCCUCCUCACGUCCCGUCCUGCGAGGUGCCCAGCUCGGUGUUCGUGGGCUCCGGGCUGGAGCUUCAGUGUAAAGACAAACUCAGCGUUCCCCCGGCCACUUACCGCUGGUACAAAGACAACAAGGCCCUGACCCCCUCAGCAGAGACGCAGUACAGCGCCGACACCAGCAAGGGCACACUCGAGUUUAGGAGUGUGACCAAAAUAGACGCGGGGAUGUACCGCUGUGAGUCCUCCAACAGCGUGGGAGCGCCCAAGAGCUGCGUGGCCCAACAACUCAAAGUCAUUGAUUAUCCUUUGAAUACGACGGUUUUGAUAGCAGGUGCUGCAACUUUCCUGGCGCUCGUCCUCUUCUGCUGCAUCUGUGUGUGUGUCUGCAGGCGCCGAGGCUGCUGCAAGAAGGAGAAGAAAAUGAAAAGCAACAAAUCCUACAACCCUCCUCCUCCGCCUCCCAUCCGAAACAUCAAACACUACAAACAAGCUCACUCCUUCAUGAUCUAAGAGCGGAACACUUUGACUUCAAACCAUCCUGAAUAUAAAGUGUGUACUUCUUCAUAAACACACAGGAAAGUUACUCAAACUCGCCUUGCUUUUGGACGGGCAGUAUGAGAAAGAUAAAGACGUUUAUGAACAUUACAUCUUGGAAACAUGCCAAAGUAGGGGCAAACCAUCAGUAAUGUAAAUGGUGUCUUUAUCUCAGCUCCUUCAAAGCCAUAUUAUAUGUUAAAUUGUCAUAUUUUUCUCGAGUGUAAAGACCUUUUUUAUAUCUCUGUUUUUAUUCAUAUCUUUCCAACUUUUCUCAGACUUUAUAGGCCAAGUUCACAAUGCAGUUUAAUCUCUGUUCCGCCACCUAUAGGCAAGAAGCUGUUAUUCAUCCAAAUACUGUAUAGAUUGUAUCCUUCUUAUUGCCUUUCAUUUAUAUACAGAUGCAGAGAUGUUGGGGAUAUGAAGUUGUUUUUUCUCUUUGUCAUUUUUGGUAUAUAUAUAUAUUUUUCAAAUGUGUGUGUUUGUGUGUUGAGCUUAUGAUUGUUUAAUAUUUGGCUGUAUAAAUUCAAAUAAUGUGAAUUGAGCGACAAAUGAACGGGUGUCUGCACACACUGAAUUGUGCUUUGAAAUGCUUUUGAAAAUAUUUUGAUACUUUUUUGAUGUUCAAUAAAGAAUGAUGAAAACAUAA